AAGCUCGUAACAGCUGAGAGAGUGACUUUGAAGUGGGGCAAGAUGGCUGCGGCCGGGCUGAGGGCGAUGGUGGGAGUGAAGCGAGUCAUUGAUUACGCCGUGAAGGUGCGGGUGAAACCAGACAAGUCAGGCGUGGUGACCGAUGGAGUCAAGCACUCCAUGAACCCCUUCUGCGAGAUUGCCGUGGAGGAGGCCGUGCGCCUCAAGGAAAAGAAGCUUAUCUCAGAGGUGGUUGUUGUAAGCUGUGGUCCUCAGCAGUGCCAGGAGACGAUCCGCACGGCCCUCGCAAUGGGGGCUGACCGGGGCCUGCAUGUGGAGAUCCCUGCAAAGGACUAUGAAAAUCUUGGGCCCUUUCAGGUUUCAAAGAUCCUAGCUGCACUGGCCAAGAAAGAGGGCAUAAACCUUCUGCUGCUGGGCAAGCAGGCCAUCGACGACGACUGUAACCAGACAGGGCAGAUGACUGCAGCGUUUCUUGACUGGCCUCAGGGGACGUUUGCUUCAGAAGUGACGGUGGAUGGGGACUGGCUGAAGGUUGAGCGUGAAAUCGAUGGGGGUCUAGAGACAGUGCGUCUGAAGCUACCAGCUGUGGUAACCACUGACCUACGACUGAAUGAACCCCGCUAUGCCACCCUGCCAAACAUCAUGAAAGCUAAAAAGAAGAAGAUUGAAGUGGUGAAGCCAUCUGAUCUCGGUGUCGACCUUACCCCGCGGGUGAAGACGGUGAGCGUGGAGGACCCUCCUCAGCGUAAGGCUGGACUCAAAGUAGAGACAGUAGAAGAUCUGGUUGCUAAGCUCAAAGAGAGUGGGCGGAUCUGAAUCCUGAAAUGGUUCCGCUGCCUGGAGCUGCAACUGUCAAGGUGAGUGAGGUCCUCAGGGAAGAGUGUAUCUGUCUUCCACCUCACUGGGAUCCGGUCCCUCGGAGAUCGUAACCAUGCUGCCUUCCAGCCCAGCUGGCCGCCGAAGAAAGCUGAAUGAGAAUCUAAUUUUAUUUUCUGCAUUAAUGAUGGGUCAGUUUGCAAUAAAUGUCUUGUGGUUUUUUGGA